UUCAAGAAACUACGACAUUGUGUUUAGCAGUGUAAGGGAGGUAAUUGGAUCAUCUCCAUUUAGUCGAGAACUUUCUAUAAAAGAUGGCGGAAGCUAAAGAGAAGGUGAAUGAGCUAAAAGUACAAGGCAAUAAAGCAUUGGAAGUCGGGGACUUUGAGGAAGCCAUCCAGAAGUACACCGAUGCCAUAGCCUUAGACCCCUCCAACCAUGUCCUCUACAGUAACCGCUCAGCAGCACUCACAAAGGCAGCUCGCUACCUAGAGGCACUCGGCGAUGCAGAGAAGACAUUGGAAAUCAAGCCUGACUGGUUCAAGGGUUAUUCAAGGAAGGGAGCAGCCCUGCGCUACCUGAAUCGCUACCAGGAGGCAGCUGAGGUCUAUGAGGAAGGACUCCAGGUUGUCCCUGACAAUCAGCAAUUGAAGGAUGACCUUAGGGAAGCAAAGUCCCAUCUCACAGGUCCAGCUGGUAGCCAGCCUUUUGGCAACCCUUUCUCUGCCCCAGACGUCAUGGCCAAGUUGGAGGCUAACCCCAAAACGAGAGAGUAUCUGAAGCAACCUGACUACAAAAUGAUGAUAGAACUAAUGAAGCAAAACCCAAAUAGCCUCCAGAAUUUCCAAGAUCCACGGAUAAUAACAACAUUGGGUGUUCUGAUGGGAUUCGAUUUGGAGGCUAAGAUGGGAGAUAUGGAAACCUCAGAUGAUGCUGAAAAUGACCCUCAGCCUCAAAGUCCUCCUCAAAUGGAAACCAAUGAUAGCGAAUCGAGUAACAAAUCACAAACCUCAGAACAAAAUAGUGCUGUCACUCAGGCUCUUGCUGAGAAGGAGGCUGGCAAUGCUGCCUACAAGAGCAAGAAAUUUGAGGAGGCACUGCAACACUAUGGUGCAGCCAUUGAACUAGACCCAAGCAAUAUGUCAUUAAGGACCAAUACAGCAGCCGUGUAUUUUGAACAAAAGGACUAUGACAGAUGUAUAGGAGUGUGUGAAGAGGCAGUUGAACUUGGACGUGAAAACCGAGCGGAAUACACAAUGAUAGCAAAAGCCUUAGCACGUAUGGGGAAAGCUUACCUGAAGAAGGAGGAUGAUGCAAAUGCUUUGAGGUACUUCCAGAAAGCUCUAGCAGAACACAGAACACCUGAUGUAGCCAAGAGUAUACAGGAGAUCGAGAAGCGCAUGAAAGAAAAAGAAAGACUGUCAUUUAUUGACCCUGAGAAAUCCUUGGAAGCAAAAGCAUUAGGCAAUCAAUUCUUUCAGCAAGGUGACUAUCCGACAGCAAAAAAACACUAUGAUGAGGCAAUAAAGCGGAAUCCAGAGGAUGCCAAGUUAUACAGUAACCGAGCCGCCUGUUACACAAAGCUAAUGGAGUUCAGCUUAGCCGUAAAAGAUGCUGACAUGUGUAUAAAACUUGACCCUACAUUUGUGAAAGGCUACCUACGAAAGGGCGGUGUCUUGCAGGCAAUGAAAGAAUACAGCAAAGCUGCUUCAGCCUACCAGAAAGCACUUGAGGUGGAUCCAAAAUGUGAGGAAGCUUCACGGGGGUACCGGGAGGCACUGAUGGCAGAGGGUGGGGAUCCGGAGGCUGUCCGGAAGCGAGCCAUGGCUGACCCUGAGGUACAGCAGAUUCUUCAAGACCCAGCAAUGCAGCUUAUACUGCAGCAGAUGCAGAAAGAGCCAGAGGCUGUUAGAGAACAUUUGAAAAAUCCUGAAGUAGCCAAGAAGAUUGAAAAACUGUUGGAAAGUGGUAUCAUUGCUAUUCGUUGAUAACGGGCUGGGAUUACAUAUUGCAGAGUGAUGAGGCAUUAUGGACAUGUAAAUGCACAAUGGACUACAACUUCAUCAUGUUACUUUUAAUAUUGAACAACAAAUGUCUGGAUGAUGUGAAAUUCUUACAAUGGUGGUCUGUCAUAGAUGAUUUUGUGUUCCGGACGUUACAACACAUUGGGGAAACCAAUGUUAUCCAUGUUCUAGGGUAGGGGAGAUGGAUGAUAUCCCUGUACUAGGGUAGGGGAGAUGGAUGAUAUCCAUGUACUAGGGUAGGGGAGAUGGAUGCUAUCCAUGUACUAGGGUAGGGGAGAUGGAUGCUAUCCCUGUACUAGGGUAGGGGAGAUGGAUGCUAUCCAUGUACUAGGGUAGGGGAGAUGGAUGAUAUCCCUGUACUAGGGUAGAGAUGUAUCCAUGUGCUAUGAUUGGGCAACAGAUGAUAUUCCUGUGUGGGAGUGGAGAAACAAAUGCUAUCCUUGUGCUAGGGUGGGGGAAAUGAAUGCUAGAACUUAAUCAGGAACAUGAACUAGUCGUAAAUGUAUUGAAAGUGAUUAAGGCUUUGCAACAGUUUGUUUUUGUAUUUCUAAAAGAUCCAGAGGUACAGCAGGGUAUAUUUUUAACAGUGACAAUCUGCAUUAUGGGUAUGUACAGGUAGAUUUUACCUGUGAAAACAACAAUAUGGGACCAUAACAUAAUACUAUAUUUAUACUGUUGAUAUUUGUGUUAGGAUUACACACCCUCUGUAAGGUAAGAAUAGGAAGAAGAUUGGGUAUAUUUCCUGUCUGCCAGGAGCUAGGAGCUAGCAUGAUGCUUUGAUGCAGUAUCUGAUGAGUGUAGUGCAAUUCCUGCAGAGUUCUGUUGGAAAGCAAGAAAAUGAUGCACAUGCAUAUGGUCCCUGAUUUACAGGAUUACACCAGCACAGGGAACCUCGGUAAACCACGAGACUGGAUACACACCAUUGUAUUGUUGAACCUGUAUAUUUCACAUAUUUUCUGAAUGCAUGUUCCAUAAGAAAAAGUCUUUUUUUUUGUUUUGCUCAAAAUCUAAUUGGCAAAUUUUAGUCCUGUUCAUUCCAUUUAUGUUCGUCAUUAGGUAAUUCAUUGCAGUGAUAUUUCAUUCGUUUAGCUGAGUCACUAGAUUCAUACAGAGUUUUCUGUAAACUAUCAUAAACUUUACAGAUAUUUUCUGAAGUUCUGUCACUGAUUCCUAAGGUAAAGUUGUAUAAAUAUACCAACAACUGUUUCAUCAGGGAAUACUGGUAUGUUCUAUGGUGAUUCUUGGUUUGGAGCCUGUAGCAGUCUAACACGUGACACUGACGAAUCUGUUAGACGUUGACAACCAAUACUGUACCUGUGAUACAGCUGCCGCUGUGUUGCCGAUUGUGAAGAUGAUGAUGUGGUGUUGAAAGGACUGACAAUGAUACAGCUGUGUUAUUGAUGAGAUGUUUGUGGUGGGGCUGUCACUGCAUCAGUAUUAACAAUGCUGCUGUGUUAUUGACAGUGCUCACAGUACUAGGCUGGCAAUGAUGCAGUUUUGUCCUUUUAAAGCAAUGAUACUGUGUUGACAAUACUGUGAUGAAAAAUGCUGUUGUUUUGUUGACAAGAUUUGAACACAUUUCUUUAGAAUACAGGCAAUAUAUAAUGAUUGCAGAUUGAGAUGUUGUAGGUGUUCUAUGGCUUUGUACGUAAUGGAAACAAUAGAACAUGAAUUAAUCAGACAA